AUGGCGAUCUGUACUUAUAACGCACGUACGCUUGCAUCGGAAGCGGCCAUCGAAGAUCUGAUGAUGCAAGCGAAGAAGAUCAAGUACGACGUCAUCGGACUGACCGAGACGAGACGACGUCACCCUCUCAAAGCCGUAUAUGAGACUGGAGAAGAACUGUUCUUAGGAACAUGCGACAGUAGAGGUGUUGGUGCUCAAAAAGAAAAGGAAAAAAUACUCUUUCAAACAACUUACGAGAGUUCAACUACCGAGAAGAAAAUCUUAUAUGGACCUAAAAUCUACCAUCACCUUCCAAGAAGAACGCCGGAGGAACUUCACAUCGGAACCCACGGCCUACAUUGGAAUGACCAGGGGGAGAGGCUCUCCGAGUUCAUCAUGACGAUUAAGACCAUCCAUGGGAACUCGCAAUUCCAGAAGCCUUCCUCUCUACGCUGA